ACUACGAUCUGUUGUAAAAAUAAAAAAGAACAACAAAUAGGCGCUUUCAAUGCUCCUACUUUGGGUCCUCGGAUAAGACAUUGGCGCGUGGACUUCUGGGAAACUUUCUUUCCUGCUAAGGCUCUGAGGCGACAAACAUGGGCAAGUGUCGUGGACUGCGUACCGCCAGAAAGCUCCGUAACCAUCGACGUGAGCAGAAAUGGCAUGACAAGCAGUACAAGAAGGCUCACCUGGGCACAGCCUUGAAGGCUAAUCCUUUUGGAGGAGCUUCCCAUGCCAAGGGAAUCGUCCUUGAGAAAGUAGGUGUUGAGGCUAAGCAGCCCAACUCUGCCAUCAGAAAGUGUGUCAGAGUCCAGCUGAUCAAGAAUGGCAAGAAGAUCACGGCCUUCGUCCCCAAUGACGGCUGCUUGAACUUCAUUGAGGAAAACGACGAAGUUCUGGUGGCAGGAUUUGGUCGUAAGGGCCAUGCCGUCGGUGAUAUCCCUGGUGUGCGUUUUAAGGUGGUCAAAGUGGCAAACGUGUCCCUGCUGGCUCUCUACAAAGGCAAGAAGGAGAGACCCAGGUCAUAAAAUGUGCUACAAGGCAUUAAAGCAUUUUUCAGAUUCGUGAA